AACCGAAACCCGAAUCCCGAAACCCAAAACCCUAGCCGAUUAAAAUACCCUCUACCUCUCGCCCUGCGCCAUUUCCUUCAGCGAUUCAGCAACCCCUCCGCGGCGCCGUCGUCUUGUGUUCCUCAACCUCUCCCUCUCGUCGAAAAAUCCAACCUCCGGAACCAUGGCUGCUGAUGCUGUAGCUCUUCCUGUAGCCGAACCAACGCUGGCUCACUAUGACGUGAAGCUGUUCAACAAGUGGAGCUUUGAUGAUGUCCAGGUCAGUGACAUUUCACUGGCGGAUUACAUUGGAGUUGCACCUUCCAAGCAUGCAACUUAUGUACCUCACACUGCUGGGAGAUACUCGGUCAAACGAUUCAGGAAAGCUCAGUGCCCUAUUGUGGAGAGGCUUACAAACUCACUCAUGAUGCACGGCAGAAACAAUGGAAAGAAACUCAUGGCUGUCAGGAUUGUUAGGCACGCGAUGGAAAUUAUCCAUUUGCUAACUGAUCUGAACCCAAUCCAAGUUAUUGUUGAUGCUGUCGUUAACAGUGGUCCACGUGAAGAUGCAACUCGUAUUGGAUCUGCUGGAGUUGUUAGGCGUCAGGCUGUGGAUAUCUCACCUUUGAGGCGUGUGAAUCAGGCUAUCUAUCUCCUCACCACCGGUGCUCGUGAAUCUGCUUUCAGGAACGUCAAAACUAUUGCCGAGUGUUUGGCUGAUGAACUUAUUAAUGCUGCCAAGGGUUCAUCUAACAGUUAUGCAAUCAAGAAGAAGGAUGAGAUCGAAAGAGUUGCCAAGGCCAACCGUUAAGAGGUUGCAAUAAAAAUGUUAUAUUUAGUAAGGAGAAUUCGGUGUGCGUUUUGUUUAUUCCGUCAUUAUGUAGAAGUUGUCGGAUUGAGCUCGAAUGUGAGACAUGUCUUUGUCAUUUGUGUUAUGAAACCAGUCAUCCUUUAGUUUGGGUUGUGUAAUUUUAUACCGUUGGAUGCGGUUGAUUUGAAUUUUAUUUAGAUUGUGUUACAUUUAAGGUACACAUGCAUUUUGAAAUUUUGAUAAUAAUUUUGCA